AACUUGGUUACUAUUACUCUUUCAUUGUUUGAGUGUUCUUGUAUUUGUCCUAAUUAGUGAAAAUCCUUUGAUUAUAAUCCUGUCGUACUUGAUUGAAUAUUAUCCUUUCCACCAAUAUCUUUAGUGCUUGAAGUCUAUUUCCUUCAAUUCAUUUGUAAUUGUUGAAAUGUGUGAACCAUCUUAUCAUCUAUAACUUUGAACUGUCGAAGGGGAGGUGCAUAUUGCCUUAAAAAGAUGUUUUGUCUCAUCUAAAAUCUUAAAAUAAAAAGGUAACACUUUUGUUUAAAGUUUAAACAGUACUACAGUAGUGAAUGCAAUAUGUCUAUAACUACUGUUGGUGUCUGCUUACUUUGAGCAUGUUUGAAUCCUUAUAAGGAGUGCUUCUUGUAGACUUCUGCUCUCUCAUUCCUGUUACAGUGGUUUUACCUGAUUUAAUUAUCAUUCCCUCACUGCUUAUGAAAAUCUUGUUCAUCAUCAUCAAGUAGGUGGUUGUCUGGAAUGUUUUGUUUCACGGAUAAGGAAAUCUUGCUGUGAUCUUUAAGAGUGUUGUUUGACAACUUUAGAGGACCAAACUAAUGUCUGGAUUCAGACGUGUAUAAAGUGGAACCAAUGUCUUAUAUUAGGCUGUGGCACGUAACUUAGAGAGAGAGAGAGAGAGAGAGUUAUUAAUUUGAAGGGAUUGUAGAACAUGAUGAAUGUUGCUUGGAAGUCUACAGAUCUUCAUAUAUUAAAUUCAGGAAAGUAUAGUUUCAAAUUUUUCAUUGGAAGCAGGGAUAAUUUUGUUAUUCAAAGGCUCUUGGUAUUUGGGUUCCUGCAGUUUUGUGGGUCUCCCAAGGCAUUGUCUACUAAGCUAUUGCCAUUGAAGCUGGUUAAAUUGUUAGCAGAAUGUCACCAUGAUGAGACAAGGGAGAAGCUCAGUAGUGGACCGCUGUUUCUUCAAUGAUCUUUGUCCACUUUGUCGGUGCAUCAAGUUGUAUGGUACAGAAGGAGAAGUGGAGUUCUCCUUCUCAAGUACGAACAGUUUCCUGCUGUGUUUCGUGUACCUUUUCUGUUUAAAAAAAUGUGUUUUAUAUGUGGUCUUAUUGACCAUAUACUAGAAGCUGCACAUUGAAGGAUGAUCCUCGACCUACUUGAUGCAAAAGGAUCUUGCUUUGUGGGGCUUGGUUCAGUGUCUUGAUAAAUUUAGAUUGGAGGUGUUGUGCUGCCAUUGUUGGAGAUGUAUUUCUGGCUUAUGCUUUGGUUUGAAGCAUAUGUAGGAAGUUUUGAUGGGCCUAAAGAGGUCAUGAAAGGAAACUCAGCUGCAAAUCUUGGGACGAUGCAACCCUGAAUCUACAUACUCGUCGCCUGGGUCCUGUCAUCUCGUUGCUUCAAUCUAGAGAUCUUGCAAGCAGUAUAAGAUCAGAACCAUAAACUUCUCCGAUGGCCGGCGCCGGCGACGAUUCUCAUCUGCAGAACGACGUCGUUUCAGUCCACUGUAUAAACGACAGUCUCGGCGACGAUGAGCUUCGGGCCGUACUGUCGAGACUUGGAGACGACAAAGACAAGGAAGUUUUCGGGCUGGUAUGUAAGCGGUGGCUUCGUAUUCAAAGUACUGAAAGGAAGAAGCUUUGUGCUCGGGCCGGGCCUCACAUGCUCAGAAGAAUCGCGUCCCGAUUCACUCGAUUACAUGAGCUUGAUCUAUCUCAAUCGGUUUCUAGAUCUUUCUAUCCUGGUGUUACUGAUUCUGAUCUUUCAGUUAUUGCUACUGCUUUCUCUUGCUUGCGAAUUCUCAAUCUGCAGAACUGUAAAGGCAUAACAGACAAAGGAUUGGCUGCUAUUGGAUCAAGUCUGUCUUCUUUACAGUCCUUAGAUGUAUCCUACUGCAGAAAGAUCACUGACAAGGGGCUUUCAGCUGUUGCUGAGGGGUGUCAUGACUUGAGAAUAUUGCAUCUUUCUGGCUGUAGAUUUGUCUCAGAUUCAUUAAUGAAAGCUCUCUCCGAGAAUUGCCAUAAUGUGGAAGAGAUAGGUUUGCAAGGAUGCACCAACAUUACCAACUCAGGUCUCUCUGUUAUGGUUGAAGGUUGCCGGAGGAUAAAGCAUUUGGACAUUAACAAAUGCAUCAAUAUUGGUGAUAUUGGGAUAUCUAGUGUGUCUGAAGCUUGUUCAUUGACACUCAUGACAUUGAAGUUGUUGGAUUGCUAUAAAGUUGGUGAUGACUCUAUCUUAUCCUUGGCCAACCACUGCAAAAAUCUUGAGACACUCGUUAUUGGUGGUUGCCGUAACAUAUCAGAUGAGUCCAUGAAGUCACUGGCAGCUUCUUGUAGUAAUAGUCUGAGGAAACUGAGGAUGGAUUGGUGCUUGAAUAUUACAGACUCUUCAUUGGACUGCAUCCUUUCCAAAUGCAGAGAGCUUGAGGUUCUCGACAUUGGCUGCUGUGAGGAGUUAACUGAUGCUGCAUUUCAACAAUUAGGAAGUGACAACUUUAUGUUGGGGAUGAAGAUUUUGAAGGUCAGUAACUGUCCAAAGAUCACUGUUGAAGGAAUUAAGAAGCUUAUGAAGUCAUGCAAAUUUCUUGAAUAUCUAGACGUACGAUCUUGUCCCCUUAUCACUAAAGCAGGGUGUGAGGAGGCUGGAAUUCAGUUUCCUGAAUCCUGCAAAAUAAACUUCACUGGAAGCUUAGCAGAGCCAGAUGUGUUACUUUGAGCAGUACUUGUUUUAGCAAUGUCUUUGAAGGCCUGAUGGGGAUCAUACAGUGUAAUUAUCACCUUCUUUGCCUAAGACCUAAAAUAUGACUUUGGAAGCUCCUGAUGUCAGUCCCUUGUUCCCAUUAAUUUGCCUUUUGUUAAGCAUCAAGUUUUUCUGUUGUAGAUUAUUCCCUGCUUUUCAGUCAUUUGAUAUCAAACUCCUGUAUAUCAUCCUUGUAAACUACUAGUUAGCCCCAAUGUUUGCUGUAGGUGUUUUCAGAUUGUGAAUGAAAUGAAUCCAUUGCUGCUAGUUUGAAUGUGAA